CCGGCAGCCCCCGCGCUGCCGCCAUUUCCCGGCGGCCUCCGCGGCGUCAAGAUGGCGGCGGGGAGCGGAGGCCCCGCGGCCCGGGAGCUGUUCGCUGAGGGGUUGUUGCAGUUCCUGCGGCCGGCAGUGCGGCAGCUCGACGGACACGUUCACGCCGUCAGGGAGAGCCAGGUGGAGCUGCGGGAGCACAUCGACAGCUUGGCCACAGAGCUCUGCCGCAUCAACGAGGACCAGAAAGUAGCGCUGGACCUCGAUCCCUACGUGAAGAAGCUGCUGAACGCCCGGCGCAGGGUGGUGCUGGUCAACAACAUCUUACAGAACGCCCAGGAACGGCUGCGGAGGCUAAACCACAGCGUGGCCAAGGAGACGGUGCGGAGGAAAGCCAUGCUGGAGGCAGCAGGUGGCUACCCCCAGGGCCUGCCCGGCAAGUGAGGCCCCCACAGCUGUGCCGGGCUGGAUCUGCCUCGCCCCACAGCUGUGCCAGCCCUGGGAGGUGAACGGGAGCAGCCCUGGAUGGUGACGGGUGCGAUCCUGUAAGGAGAGUGAAGGGAGCGGGUAUCCCUGGUUGUAGUAGCGCUCUCCCGAGUGGCUGCAGCACGGGAAGGGGGCAAGAAGUCCUGCGCAGCGAGGCCGCUGCUCUUCAGCUGCAGCUGAAGGAACCAGGGGACCCCCAAAUUGUAUUUCCAGAUUUGUAGGCGCUGUAAUAAAAGUGACCGUGUGUUGCUUA